AUGAACACAGUCAAUUUCAUACAGUCCACUCCUGGGGACAAACUCUUAAUUUUCGACAAUUAUUUGUACAGGAUCAACAAAAAGAACAACGGGAGGACUUUUUGGAAAUGUACUUUAAAGAAUUACUGCAAAGCGAGAAUAACGCUGAAGAACGAUGUAACUGAAAAAAUCCAAGGCAGCCAUGAUCACCCGCCAGAUGAAGGGAAAAAUUUGCGAAAGGAAUUUUAUCACCAACUAAAAAAGAAAAGCAGAGAAGAAGCCAGUGUCCCGGUGAACAAGAUAUACAGAGAAGAACUAGCAAAAUUUGCUACUUCAUUAGAAGUAGCAUCUAAUUUACCAGAUAUAAGAAUAGCAGAAAAAGCUAUGUAUAGAGCCAGAGCUCUGACAAAGCCAUUAAUACCAAAGUCAUUAAGUGACAUUAACUUAACAGAUGACUGGAUAAAGACAAAAGCUGGAGAUAAUUUUUGCUAA